UUGCCCUCUCUUCCUGUUUCCCGUCAUGGCGCAGGAUCAAGGUGAGAAGGAGAACCCCAUGCGGGAACUGCGCAUCCGCAAGCUCUGCCUCAACAUCUGCGUCGGGGAGAGCGGAGACAGGCUGACCCGGGCAGCCAAGGUGCUGGAGCAGCUCACCGGCCAGACCCCGGUGUUCUCCAAAGCUAGAUACACUGUCAGAUCCUUCGGCAUCAGGAGGAAUGAAAAGAUUGCCGUCCACUGCACCGUCCGUGGGGCCAAGGCAGAAGAAAUCCUGGAGAAAGGUCUAAAGGUGCGAGAGUACGAGUUAAGAAAAAAUAACUUCUCAGAUACUGGAAACUUUGGCUUUGGGAUCCAAGAACACAUCGAUCUGGGGAUCAAGUACGACCCGAGCAUCGGAAUCUACGGCCUGGACUUCUAUGUGGUGCUGGGUAGGCCAGGUUUCAGCAUCGCAGACAAGAAGCGCAGGACAGGCUGCAUUGGGGCCAAACACAGAAUCAGCAAAGAGGAGGCCAUGCGCUGGUUCCAGCAGAAGUAUGAUGGGAUCAUCCUUCCUGGCAAAUAAAUUCCCGUUUCUAUCCAAAAGGCCAAUAAAACAUUUUCAAUGAAA